UGGAGCUACGUCCGUCACGACCUUAUCAACCUUUUGCCCUCAACGCCGCCAAUAUCCUCCUUUCCUACACGAAUAUCUCUUGGUUCUCAACCUCCAUAACCGAGAACACCAGGGAUCUGCCACAGUCCUCUGCCCUUCCCCGCUACAUACCAUCUCCUCCAGAUCAUUCGUCAUGAACCACUUCCCAGAGGCCUGGGGUCGUCCCAGAAACGAUGUCUACGGCCCAUAUGACCACUCUUACCUGCAGACGACCGUCCCCAAGACACAUACCCAGUCUCCCGCAGUGACGGGAACGUCAGUGGUUGGUGUCAAGUUCAACGGUGGUGUUGCCCUUGCAACUGAUAAUCUGGCUUCCUAUGGCUCCCUCGCCCGUUUUACGGAUGUGAAGCGCAUCCGUGUUUUCAACGACUCAGCCGCGAUCGGAUUCAGCGGUGACGUCUCCGACAUGCAGUACAUCGACCGACUUCUGAACUCGAUCGACAUUCGAGAGAACUACUCCGGCAACGGCAACACCCUCAACGCCAAGAACCUUCACACCUACCUUUCCAAGGUCCUCUACAAGCGCCGCUCCGAGUUCAACCCUCUCUGGAACCACAUCUUGGUGGCCGGCUUUGACGGUGACGGCAAGCCAUUCCUGAGCUCUGCUGACUUGCUCGGCACCACUUUCUCUGCGCCACAUCUGGCGACGGGUUUCGGUGCUCACCUGGCUGUCCCCAUCCUGCGGAGACUGUUCCCGGAGGAUGAGAUGCCAAUUGAGAACAUCACGAAGGAGCAGGCAGUGGACGCACUGAAGCAGUGUAUGAAGGUUCUAUUCUAUCGGGAUGCGCGCAGUCUGGACAAGUACUCGAUAGCGGUGAUUACGAAGGAUGGAGUGGAGCUCAAGCAGGAUGAGAAGCUGGAGGCUCAAAGCUGGGCUUUCGCAGAGAGCAUCAAGGGCUACGGUACUCAAACGGUCUAGAUCUUGAGAUUCGGAGUUACAAAGAAUUUUAUACGCGACCAGGAGUCAUUGUGAAUUCAGAAAAUAUCAGACCAAAUGUCUCGAGACAUCUUAUGAGACAAGAUAAUGAAGCGUACUUUAUGG